AGAAAACUUGUUGAUCAGUGGGGUCAUCAAUACACCCGGUCAAAUACGUAUGUCAAGAGGCCGAGCCUUCGUGCAAAAUGGAAAUUGGAUACCAAGAAAAAGACACAGAAUUGGAUACUGCAGGUCUUCAACAAAGUAAUCUUAUAAAACCACAACUUAAUGAAACAGUGGCAAAGGAUUUGGUAAAAGUCUUAUAUGGGAUGGAGGUGAUUUUCAUCAAGGAAAUGCCCAGCUACAAUGAUAGAAAUUUCUUCGUAAUGGUGAAAAUAGAACAUGACAACAACAAUACUAUGAAGAAACGAUGGCCCUAUGGGUAUACUCUCAAGAUUACGAACUCCUUGGAAUCUCGAAAAUCACACAUUGAUGCAGAACACAAAUUGCAGAGAGUGCUACACAACCAUGGUAUCCCAUGUCCACAACCCGUUCCAAAUGUACUUGGGAGAGAAAAGUCUCUCCAGGUCAUUUACAAGCCGAACUCAGUUGACGAAGGGUGGAUGAGCAAACAUGAGGAAGGAGUUGAUAGACCAUAUAAAGAGCAUGUAGUGCGUCUGUUGACAUAUAUACCUGGGGAAGUAUUACUGACGGUACCAUACACGCCAUCUCUAUUCUACAACGCUGGUCAGAUGCUUGGGAAAAUAGACCAUCUUCUAAAGGAGACAACGUUUGACAGUUCAACGUAUGCAGACUUCACCAGCCUAUUGAAGACACGUGUUUGGGACCUCACCAAUACCCCUGAGACAUUGAAGAAGUAUGUCCAUGCAGUUGCGGAUCCUCAGAAAAAUGCUCUAAUACAUGAAAUCCGUUCUGCUUUCCAAACACAAGUAGAGCCACUGUAUUAUAAAAUGACGAAAGGAAUAAUUCAUGGAGAUUUUAACGAACAAAAUGUCCUUGUACGGGAAUCAAAUCAGAAAGACAAGUCUGAGAAGGAAUAUGACGUGUGUGGAGUGUUGGACUUCCAAGAUUCCACUUUGUCGUAUUACAUAUUCGACGUUGCUAUUUCGGUUUGUUAUCUCAUGGUUGAGUGCAAUGCUAUCGAUCCUCUUGAUGUUGGUGGGUAUUUUCUGGCUGGAUAUACUUCAUAUUUCUCCCUCAAUGAGACCGACCUAGAUGUGUUGAAAAUCUGCAUCGCGUCGAGAUUGGCAAUGUCCAUGGUCAUGGGAGCAUAUACAUCCUCUUUAGACCCUGAUAACAAGCAUAUUUUAACAACACAGGAAAAUGGGUGGAAAAAAUUAAAAAUAUUCUGGCCUGUUCAAAAGAAAGACUUGUAUGAACGGUGGAAGAAUAUUAUUGCUUCCUACAGGAAGUAGUUACAGUGCUUUCACCACCAUUAGAGCAACCGGGAGUGAACUGUUGAAAAUUGCAUGGCACCUUGUAAAUCUUGCACCCUGUUAUA